UGGAUGUUGAUAGGAUGUUAAAUUCGGUAAUUUCCCCGGCCCGGCUACAACGGAGAGUUGUUAGCAUUUUCAGGCCAUAUCAUUGUCUUCACAAUAACAUAACUAGAUGCCCAGGAAAAUAUCUCAACGUGGUGUGUGAGAUUUCUCCUUGACCCGAGUCUCUUAACCAGCCCGCUGACCACAGAAACUUGUAAAACAUGUCUCAGGAGGGAUAUCAGUCACCAGCAGUGAAAACAGCCGCCGACACCAGCUUGAACACACUUGAAACGCAGAAGAACAACCCUGGGAAGACACCUAUACAAAUCCUGCAUGAAUAUGGCACAAAAACUGGCAACCUUCCUGUGUAUGUGAUGGAGAAGGCCGAAGGAGAGGCUCACCAGCCCAGCUUCGUCUUCAGCGUGAAAAUCCGAGAUGUGAGCUGCACAGGUCAAGGUCCCAGUAAAAAGGCUGCUAAACACCAGGCUGCAGAGGCUGCCCUGAAUAUGCUGCAAAUAGACACUGGAGCAGUGAAUGUUCCUGUGAAGUCUGAGAGUAACGGUGUUGCGGCAGAAACAAACAACCAUCCCAACUCAGUGGGGAUACUGCAGGAGCUAGCGUUGCAGAGAGGCUGGCGUCUUCCUGAAUACACAGUUUUAAUGGAGGCUGGUCCGCCACACAAGAGAGAAUUCACUGUUACUUGUCGAAUGGAGUCCCUGUCAGAGAAGGCUGUAGGGAAUUCAAAAAAGGCAGCAAAAAAGGCAGCUGCAGAGAAAAUGGUGGCAAAGCUUCAAAGUCUGUCAGGCUGCUCUGAAAUCACAUGGACGCCUAAACCAAGUGUCCGAUUUGAGAACUUAAGGAACUCAUCAGCGGAGAAGAUAUCCUUACUGAGACGAAACCCCCUGAGCAUCCCCAACACAGAUUACAUCCAGAUGAUGUUGGAGUUGUCCAAGGAGCAAGGCUUCGAGGUCACAUACUUUGAUAUUGAUGAGCUGACAGUGAACGGUCAGUACCAGUGUCUGGCAGAGCUGUCCACCUCCCCGGUCACCGUGUGCCACGGCACAGGCAUUUCCUGUAGCAACGCGCACAACGACGCAGCACACAGCGCCCUCCAGUACAUCAAGAUCAUGGCCUCCAUCAAUGUGCCUCAUAGUACCUAGAAGUAAAAUCUGUGAUAUAUUUAAUAAUUAUUUACUGACUGACCUCUGCUGUAUGAACCGAACCCUGGUGGAGAAUAAUAGCAGCGACAACAUGUGUAAGAAUCCAGAAAAUAAACCCAAACAUUAAAUGUUA